AUGAGCAAAGAAGACCACUCGAGCAAUGCCCGAGUAGAAAAGACGGUUGAUUGCAUAAGUCCAAAAAAUGUCACAGCACGAUUCUAUAUAACAUUCGUCGCGUUCAGCUAUCUUAUCUCAGCUGACAAGUUAAGAGAUAAUGAAUCUGAACUUAACGUCAUUGGUGUUCGUCGAUUAUCUCAAAGUCUUCUUCCGGUUAUUGUUGAAUUAGCUAGUGACGUGAAAUGGCGUGUACGUCUAGGUAUUAUUGAAUAUGUGCCACGUUUAGCUGGACAAUUAAGUCCAGAAUUUUUCGAUAAAAGACUUAGUAGUCUUUGUAUGAGUUGGCUUACUGAUCAUGUCUUUGCUAUACGUGAAGCAGCAACAAAUAAUUUUAAAAAAUUAGUUGAAAAAUUUGGUCGUGAUUGGGCACAAAAUGCAGUCAUACCAAAAGUUCUACGAUUAGCUCGUGAUCAAAAUUAUUAA